GUCCGCUUGUUUUUGACCUCGUGUUUAGCCUUCUACCCUGUUUCGCUGAGUUACUAUCGGUAUAAAACUCAGGAAUUGCGGCGGCGUCCCAUUUCGGCGUCUUGCCAACAACUAUCACAUCAAAUCAAGUUGUCGCGCAGUCGUCUUUUCAUCGCUGCGCCACUCCGUUUCAUGACUUUCGAGUAUACUGAGAAUAUGCCACACGAUGAAGACGAUGCGUCUGACGCGUCGUCAGACGUGACUGAACUUGAAGAAUACGACUUUCCGGACCACUUUUUCGAGAGGGACGGAAGGCUCUUCCAUUCUCAUGGUAGCUUGCCGUAUCCAUUGCCUGUCGACGGGCCGGAGCAAGCAAGAUUGAAUAAUCUUCACGAAAUCUUGCUCCAAACCGUCGAAUUCCACUACCUUGGUCCUGUGACUGAGGUACUUAGCGAUGUUCGCGGCAGGCAAAAACGUGUCCUCGAUCUUUGCACGGGGACAGGCCGCUGGCCAAUGGAUAUGGCGAAAUUAUUUCCCCGUGUCAAGAUCUAUGGCCUUGAUAUCGUUCCGAUUGCCACUAGACGCCCCGAGCGUCAUGUGCAAUUCGAGAUUCACGAUAUCACCGAGCGUUUCAGGUGGAACAAUGGAGCCAUGGACUUUGUUCAUGCGCGUAAUAUCGAUCUAGCUGUUACCGAUUACCCCGAACUCCUCCAAGAAGUUGCUCGGUUGCUCCGUCCCGGAGGUCUCUUCUUUUCAGGCGAGAUUGGGCGCUACAUCGACUUUGCCCACGGGUUUUCCGUUGACCUUGCGCCUCAUGCGCGAAGCUUUUUCAAGGUGGUCAACGACUCUCUUGCGCUCCGCCACUUGGUCCCCCUUUCCGACAGGAUCCCUAGCUUCAUUCAGCUGUCUCGCAAGUUCACUAUACCAACUAUCCAGACGUUCCAUAUCCCCAUUGGUGAUUGGCACCCGGACCCGGUUAUGAAGCGUGUCGGGAAGAUGUACUUGAUCGCGUUGAAGGAUUACGCUGACAGUCUCAAGCCCAUGCUCCGUGAGGCAGGAAUGACCCAGCACGCGAUUAGUGUUCUUGUCGCUGGGUUCAUUGGGGACAUAGAGCACGUCCGCGGCCUGGUCGGUGUGUAUCACACCGCGUGGGCGAGAAAGUUGUAGAGGGAUCUUGAGUGUUUUCUAAAUGUUGUCUUGUGCUUUUUUGUGCCUGUGAAUUCUGUCUUGUGCUUUUUUGUGCCUGUGAAUGCUGUCUUGUGCUUUCUUGUGACUGUUGUCUUCAAGUGCUUUCUGGUGGCUGCUUUCUUGGUUGCCCUCCCGGCUGCUUUCCUGUUGUCGAACGCUUUCUUAG